AUGAAAUUUCAACUGGAGGGCUUCCUGACCUCUGAUCAUCAGUUUGUUCACAUGUUCAAUACAUUUUUAAGUCUACCGUGUUUCCCACAGGCGUUGCUAUACAAUGAGGAGACGCAUCAGUUUGAGAUGCCCAGCAACGCAGCAGAGUUGACCAACAAAAUCAGAUCAGCUCGAGAACAAAGCAAAUCACAGCUCCUUUAUAAGGAUGUCAGAGGACUGGCCAAAACCGCUUUAGUGGACAACCAUUACACUGUCUCUUGUCUGGACCGAGAACAGGGGAUUCAGUGGAUUCUAAAAGAAAGAUUGGCGUUUUUUCUUCAAAGUAGUUGCUACCAUGAGUACAGACUAUCCAAGUUGUUGUUUCAGCGGGCACCAAAUAUAAAUGGCCACAAGAGAAGAUGCGGCUCUCGCAACCAACCAGGCAUGGAUGACUUCAAGGAGUUUUUGCAUGGCACAUCAGGAGGCAGGUUGUUAAAUCUCUGGCGGGACAUAGAGAGACUGAAAAGUAUAAACAGUCAGCGGAUGAACAGCUUUUUGGCUUUAAUGAGGAGCCGCUACCUGCUGAGCAGCAGUCAGAACAGUCUAAACAUGGAGCUGCUCUGCAGGUUGGGGCUGACUACCUCCCCCUGCUGGACAAAAGAGAGACUGUGCUCAAUACAACCCAACCUCACGGAGUCAAUCAUCUCGUACUGGGUUCCUCGUUACUGGACAUCCCAGCAUGUCCAAGGAGACCUUGAUUGUUCUGACAUGAAGCUGUGUGUUGGACCUCAUUCAGCCUCAGUGACCCCUUGUUCCCUUUGCCCUGAACCCUGGCUGGCCGAAUCAUUUUAUAACAACCAUCCACAGUUUUGCCCAAGCAGAAGUCAAUCAUUAGGCUGCACAAGACUGGCAAAGAUUUUGGAAGCGCUAUUUGUCGACCCAGAUGCUGGCUGGUACUUCACUCACUUCUGUGAGCAAUCAAGAAACCAGUUGUGGGAGAAUGCAGUUUAUUUUUGGCAUGACCUCCAGCAUUAUCAUGAGCUCUUCUACCAGGACGGACUGGAUCCCUACAGAGUGCAGAGAGUGGCUCAGGUCCUCUACUCCACAUACCUCCGCAGCUCUGCCAGCAGGAGCAUUGGCAUCAAGGAGGAGAUCAGGAAGGAGGUGCAAGACCAGCUGAUGCCUGCUUUUGAGGAGCUCUUUGAUCAAGUUGAGGACCACAUCUUGAACAUCCUACUGGAUGCUUGGGCAGUGCUUGUCGACCGGGAGAAAAAGUCGUUCCUGCAGGUACGUGUGUAUGAGGAGGUGCGCUGUGUCAACACUUGGCAAUACAGGGAAUUGCGGAGUUUGUGCGCAAAAUCCAAACAAAAAAUCAAUCAGGGUGUGACAUCUCCAUCUAAUACUUCAUCCGGUAUCUUCUCUGAGGGCACCCGGGUCCUUGACUCUUGGUCCAAUGUGCCUCCACAGUACCAAGGUUACCGCUUAGGCUCCUUACUUUGCCAAAACCAUGAGAUCUGGCAUUUGAUGUCUUUCCUCCAGAAUAAAGACGCCAGCAUCCACCUGGAAUGCUGGCUGGACCUGGAGCAGUACAGGAGAACUCCUCAGAGGAACAAGGCAGUGAGACAGGACCGAUCUUCUCGCAUUGCAAACAAAUAUCUCAACAGAACCUACUUCUUUAGCUCCCACAGUCCUGCCACAGAAGAGGAGCAGAAUAAUAUAUUGCACCUGGCAGGUGGGCUGGAGCUUCUGAAACUAGAGUGUCUCUCAAGGCAAGUUACUGUGGAGAUCCAGUACAUCAUCAGAUGUCACAUUGAGAAAACAUGGCUGCCUCUGUUUCUGGUCACAGCAGAGUUCACAGAACGACAGAAAUGCAAACUAAAGGACGGCUCUCAACGACAACCGACGAGAAAAGAAGGGUGGAAGAGAGUGAGUUCCUCCAAGGAGAGCCUUCUUUUUCGACAGCUUCUCCUCAACCCUGCCUCCUGCUUGCAGUUCCAACACUUUGUCUCUCUGAAGGGUGACUUCCUGGAGAAUGAUGUGCUGUUUUGGCUGGAGGUGCAGAGGUACAAGGACCUGUGUCAUUCUCACAGUGACGAGGCCACAAUUCAGCAAAAGAUAUCCACAAUAAUCAAGUGUUUCAUCAACUCAUCCACACCUCCAGCCCUGCAGAUAGACAUCCCUCUGGAACAGGCGCAGCACAUUAUGGAGAAACGCCAUAAACUGGGCCCUUACAUCUUCAGAGAGGCACAGAUGUCGGUGUUCAGUAAGUUGCUCAGGUUUUGGCCCAAGUUUCGGGAGCUUAGGAGCAGUGUGCAUGAAGGUCAGUUACUGAAAAUGCUUCAGGACGAAGGACUCAAAAACAAAGCCAAAUUACGAAGACAAAGGAGGAAGGAGGAGGAAGAGGAUGAGAGGAGAGCUCAGGAAGAUGUAAAACGGCUUGAUUCCGGUUCUAGUGAGGAUGAAGAAACGAAAAAUGAUGACGAGGGAGUAGAAAAGAGAAGAGGUGAAAAUACAGCAUUAAAGACACAGAGCGGCCUGAUGCCGUUUUCCACAGAACCAUUGUCAUGGUCCUACUCCAAAUACAUGGCAGCACUGAAGAGGGAGGAGGCGCUACUAAGGACACACAGUCAGAAAGAAGCAUCCUUCUCCUCAUACUCGGUGUCCUCCGACGGCAGUGUGAGGUCAACAGGAAGUAUAAACAGCCACCGGGAGACCUCACAACACUUCUCCAGGUCCCACGUGAAACAAUGUCAUUAAUGUGACAGGAAGUAAACAAAUAUCGCUACGGCUGGUAUUGGCUAGGACACCACACGGUGGAGUUUCCUCUGCAUUUUUUUGGGGC